CAUGUUUACUUGUUCAUUAAUAAACGUGAACGUUGUUUACACAAAAGUUCGACCCUCUUGAGUGUAUGCACGUAGCUUUCAAAUCAAUACAUCAAAAUCGUUUCCUGUUUACCAUAAAGUGUAAAAACCAUUGCCCUUAUUUUACUUGUAAUACUGUGUAAUUAGCAUAUGGUAACAAACUUUCAUGAUGGAAAAAUCCGCAAAUGGAAACCCACCGAGCGAUUAUCCGGUGUCUCAGCAGAAGUUUCAAACUCAGCAGCAGCAACCAACGGCCUUCACUCAGCAGCAGCAACCACCGGCCUUCACUCAGCAGCAGCAACCACCGGCCUUCACUCAGCAGCAGCAACCACCGGCCUUCACUCAGCAGCAGCUACCAACGGCCUUCACUCAGCAGGCAGUUAAUUACGGACAGCCAGACAGAAAGGAGCAAGCUGGCUACAUACAGCCAGGCUAUGUCGGAGAACCUGGACAUGUUGUUGUUUUAUCCCAACCCCAGCCAGCAGCGGUGAUAGUGCCAAUAGAGACAGUACCUACAUGUACAGACUAUAUGGUGCUCUCGAUUGCGUGUUUGUGUUGCUUCUUUCCCACUGCAAUCGCCGCUAUUCAUUUCUCAAUAGAGUCAAGAAAAAUGGUUGCUAAUGGUAACAUGGUGAAAGCCAACCGAUACUCGGAGCAUGCCCGGAACCUCAUCAUCCACAGCAUGGCUAUUGGGGCGGUCUGGAUUGUCUUAGUCAUCGUCUUGCGAAGAAAGUAGAUGUAAUUACGAUUGUCACGUUGUUACCUCUAUUACGAUAUUAAUGCCGACGGUGAUCGAAUUGCAGAUAUGCGUUUUCCAAUUUACCUUUUUGCGGAUUGAUGAUCGAUCAAUUUGUUGUUUUUAUUUAUCUGUGUAUUAUUUGUAUAACCGUUUGUGAUGAGGUCUGAUAGGCCAUUAAAUGUCGUCCAUGUUGUCUGUCAACAGAAGUUGUUGAUACAGUUCGGGUUUUGUUCUCGCCAACUAAAGGUAUUUCAAUUGUUUGCAAAGGAAUAUUUAUGUAAGAGAACUUUUGGCUUAUUUAUGACGCAAUUACAGUGAGCAAAUUGAUUAGAACUGCCAACUGUUUUAACUGAACUUGAUAAGGCCACGGACUGUUAUUCUGGUAAUCGGUUAAUAAGACUCUCAUGUUUUCACUUUGGUCAAGACAGAAUACUGAUUUUGUGUUCCGUUUGUGUGGCACGAAAUCAUAAACGCAGCAGAUGUACUUAGUUUGUUUAUCCUUUUUUAAAUACUUAAUAUUGCAAUUGUUUCCGUAAACCGCACAUCAGAUCCUAAAUAAAAGGAAACACAAUACCGGAAGAUGAUACUGAAUAAACACUAUCAAUUUGUGGACGACACGCGUAUGCUUCUUGAUGCCUCUGUCUACAAUUAAUAUAUUUUUCAUACUUCACAUUACUCUCAAGUUUGGAGUUAACUUUUUUCAUACUUCACAUUAUUCUCAAGUUUAAAUACAUCUAAAGUGGUAUGGGAAUGAAGGACUUAAUGAAAGCUGUGUAACACGAGAGAACAAUGGACUAGCAAAUUGUUGGCACGUAAGGCAGUCACAUUCACCUUUAAAAGGGUAACAACUUAAUCGACAUAAAAACAUUGAAAAUUAAUAAACAAACGCGAUAAAAAGCUUGUGAAGAAAGCUGGUCAAAAUUAAUACUUUCUUCGAUCAUCCGAAUACAAGUUAUAAAAACUAAGCUCUACCUAUGUCGAACGAUUUCUUUGUAUGAUAUCUUUAUCCGCCGCGUAACUUAUUAGCUCAUAUUAAAUGACCUUUUCACGUUUUUGUAAAUUGAUAAAAUUGAAAUAUAUUGUUUUAGAUCGGCACAGUUUCGUUGUAGUUAUGAUAUUUGCAAGGAAACAGUAAUACUGAAUAUUUAACAAUCCCUAAAAUAUCCACUUUAUGCAUCGAUCGUUUGACGAUUUAAAAACCAUUAUAAAGCGUUACAAAUGGGAAACAACUGCAUAAUUUGGAGAGCUCUUGUUUAUCCUUAUAUUUUGUGAAAUUACGAGGAUUGUUUUUAUAUUGAAUAAAAUUCACCAAUCACUGCAUAA